AUGAACCGUGACAUCAACGGAAUGGAGAGUGAGGAUCCAAUAGACUUUGCACAUACUGCCAUAGCCCAGGUCGCUAACAUCGCGUCUUUACUGGGCGUUGAGUCCAAGCGACCUUUAUGUGGGCGUCUCGGGGCUGAGCUCUUCCUCGUCGCCAACUACAUCGACACGGCUGGCUUAGAUCAGGAGAGGCGACUGCGGCUGCGAAUAUCCAAGCUAUUGCGAGAUGUGGAAACUAUGUGCAAUUGGCCGAAGAAUAUACCAAGAAAUGACUAUCCUCUUCUUGAAGCGAUAGCAAAGCCAUUCCCUGACGUGACAUCUUAUGAGAAGGCUCAGAAAAAGAUUCGACGGGGACUUGAUCAGCUUACCGCGUGUCCUCGCGAUGCCGAGGUGGCCAUUUCUCAUAUCCAAAAAUUCAUUGAGCGCAAUCGCAAGUCAUCUAGGCGCGACGAGAGUGGAGAUAUCGGCUCUAGAAGAAGAGCUGCUCGCCCAGAGCGCUCAGAUCUUGCUAACGCGAUCGCUCAUCGAGUCCUACGAGAGCAAAUGUGCUGUACUUGUCAGACCAAUGGAGUGCGUAGGCAAAUGGAGAGAGGACACCUAGUGUGUCUCCUGCUAGAGCCACCUUCCCAAUCAGUGGCCAGUAAUAAUCUGGUGCAAUUUGAUAUGCUGUUCUCAUCAAAGCCCUUCUGGAACCAGUCACAGCUCACUCACUGGCAAGAUAUUGAGCUGCUUGUGCCAAAUGACCAGACACACGGCAAAAAGUGCGUCCGAUUUUUUGGUGGAGAUGAUGGAUAUGGAGAUGAGAAGGCCAACAAUCUUUCUGCAAAAACAGGGCAACGAACAGACAAAGGCCAAUUCUGCCGUUUACUCGAUCUAGCGAAAGGCUGGCGCCUUUGCCUCUCUAUUGAAGACCAGGAGCUUUAUCAUUUCUUUGAGCCCCAUAAGCAGAAAGUCGACCAUAUUCCGGGAAUAUCUUUGGCCAAAAUCCUCAGCACCUACCAUCUAACGGCACGAAUGAAGCUUGUACUAGCUUACAUAAUAGCCUAUUCUGUCUGGCAGUACUACGGCACAGACUGGAUGCGAACAAAAUGGACAAGCGAGAAUAUUCAAUUUAUGAGGGAAAGUGAUACCUCUGGGGGUAGGGGCCAGGGUAAGCUUUUUACCUGGAAACCGUAUGUAUCCGUGGAUUUCAGAGAUGAAGGUCCGUUGUGCUACGAACAAUAUAAGAUUCCUGGGAUGGUGCAUGUCUACCCAAGGAUCAGAGCGCUUGGUAUCAUGCUGGUUGAGAUAGGUCUUGGGUUUCCGCUUCCCAAGAGUGAGAACAAGGGGCAGUCCUUGGCCGCCGAAGUGAAUGCUGAACUGCUCACGGCCAUCAACUACACAAGGGAUGAAGAGCGCUGGAAGAAUUUCGACUACCCCGACUAUAUGAGUUCAAUAUGCCACUAUUUGGAGCCCGGUGCAUUCGAAAAGGCAGCUUGUGUUGAAUGUUUAUCUGCCUCUGAACAGAGACAAAACCUCAAGCAACGAAGAAACAUAUUAUACGAGAAAGUUGUGUUCCCGCUCGAAAACCUCCUACAGGGCACGAAAUGGAUCGACAAUUAUGAAAAGAUAGCCCCGCUUAAUGUACUUUCCCAGGAUACGAAAACGAAAGAAGCCAUUGUACCGGGAAAUCCUGACAAGGGCAAAGCGCCGGAGCGCAGGAGGAAGCGCACCGAAAGUGAGAAAAGCGCUAGCAACUGGCUAUUAGACUUGAAGGAGUUUAAUAGGGAGCUAGCUCAAGUUGCACCAGCAGCGGGAUCACCCGGGGUAACCCGGCGCGUACGGAUAGCGAUUUUGGACACUGGAUACGACGAUAAUGCCCCGUUUUUCUUUUCACCUGAUGUCAUGGAACGUCUUAAAGGCUGGAAAGACUGGAUUGAUGCACGCAUUGCCAAAAGCCCCCAUCAACUCUUAAAUUCCAGCGAGAAAGUUGCAGAAGCGAUUUCUUGGGCAAGUGGAGCAUGGAAAGCCGACAUCAUCUCCAUGUCGUUCGGCUUUGCAGACGAACAGCCGUGUAUCAGUGACGCGAUACGCGAAGCCCUGUACAAACGAAAAGAUUCUAUUCUUUUCUUUGCAGCAGCUUCAAAUUACGGAGCCAAUGAUCGAGAGAUGUUUCCUGCCAGACACGAAUCCGUCAUCUCCAUUCGGGGGACAAAUUCAAACGGCCUAUUUGCAGACUUUAAUCCCCCUAAGCAUGAAGAUGAACCGGUGGUUUUCGGGACUCUUGGCAUAGACGUUCCUUCUGCGUGGCCCAACUCUGAUGGCGACGAGUAUAGGUCUGGAACAUCAGUUGCUACGGCCAUAGCGGCUGGAAUAGCAGGGUCUCUUCUGGGAUAUAUCAGUUCUCGCCCUCCCGAGAAGCCAUUCUACAAUGCCAAAAACCGAGCCUGGACACGUCGGGGAAUGAAUGCAAUAUUCAGGGCCAUAUCCUCUAACACGCUCCAGUCAGGCUAUUUGUACCUGACGGUACGGGGCUUGAUAGGUAUUCCGGAGGAUGCCCGGUGGGCGAAAAUUGGCGGCAAGUUAUCUGGGCUUUGA